AUGGCAAAAAGUUUCAUAGACGGUUGGGAAUGGACUGCAGGAUAUCGGUCAAGAACAGGAAUGUACCACGUAGAUUUCAAAAGUCCCAACUUGACAAGGACGCCAAAAUCUUCAGCAUCUUACUUCAGGGACAUAUGCAACGAGAGGUGUCUGGUAGGUACGGUAGUCAACGACCUUAAAGAAGAAACGUCUAUCUUGAGAUCUGAAAACGAACAGCUUAUGCAGAAAAUAGAAUCGCUAGAUCAAGGAGCUACGAUGAAUAACCUCAGAAUAUUCAACUUAGUAGAAAAAUAUUCAGAGAACUUAUUUGAAGAGGUCAUCAACAUGGUUAGCUCUCGUAUGGGAAUUAACAUCAAGCAAGAAGGUAUCUUAGAGUGCAGGCGCUUGGGGAAAAAACGAGGUGGCAAACCAACAGGUAUCAUACUUAAGCUGAAUGGUUUUGUGAUGAAACAAAAUAUCUACAAUAAGAAAAAAUUGCUAAAAGACCCUAACGUAUCUAUAAAUGAAGAUCUAACUGAAAACCGGCUCAAACUAAUGGAAGCAGCGAUCGAGAAAACGUCACUGAGAAGUGUUUGGUCAUAUUUAGGUACGGUUUAUGUUCUGAAAGACAACAAAAGAAUAUCAAUUACAUCGCAAGAUGACAUUGACAAAAUUUAG